GUUAGCAGGUGCUUGUAUGUGGUCUGGUUAGUCGUUACUCAUCAUUCGAGCCAGGCGGAUAGCAACGGUGCAAUAGAACAUUGAAGAAAAUGGUCGAUGUAGAAAUACGUGAGCUUAUGCAACCCUUUGUGCUGAGCGAUUACCAGGUGCAAGAGGUCUACAGCCGUUUCUGCAACGAGACAGCCAAAGGAUUGCGACGGAGCACACACGAACAGGCGAGCACAAAAUGCUUUCCCACAUAUGUCCAGGACUUGCCCACCGGUGACGAGAUGGGCAAGUAUUUGGCCCUGGACCUGGGUGGCACCAACUUCCGCGUGCUGCUUGUUACGCUCAAGGGACACCACGAUGCCACAGUCGAGUCGCAGAUCUAUCCCGUGCCCAAGAACCUGAUGACUGGGCCGGGCGUGGAGCUGUUUGAUCAUAUUGCAGAAUGCUUGGCCAAAUUUGUGGCCAAGCACGACAUGGAUAAGGCCUAUUUGCCGCUGGGCUUCACCUUCUCCUUUCCCUGCGUCCAGUUGGGUCUGAAGGAGGCGAUGCUGACGAGGUGGACGAAAGGCUUCAGUUGUCCCGGUGUCGAGGGCCACGAUGUGGGCCAAAUGCUGCACGACGCCAUUCAAAGGCGCGGAGACGCAGAGAUUGCAGUCGUCGCUCUGCUCAAUGACACGACUGGCACGCUGAUGUCCUGCGCACAUCGCAAUCCCGAAUGUCGCGUGGGCGUCAUUGUCGGCACCGGCUGCAAUGCCUGCUAUGUGGAGCAGGUGGAGAAUGUGGAGCUGCUCGAUCCGAAUUUCAAACGCAGUCGCAGCCAGGUGAUUGUGAAUGUGGAGUGGGGCGCCUUUGGAGAGAACGGACAACUGGACUUUGUGCGCACGGAUUACGAUCGUGAAGUGGACCGAAAGUCGAUUAAUCGCUCAGAGCAGCUGUUCGAGAAAAUGACCGCAGGCAUGUAUUUGGGCGAAUUAGUGCGUUUGGUGCUGCUGCGCGCCCUGGAGAGGAACAAGAUCUUUAAGCUGUGCCCCAAACGUGCCGCCUUCGUUGCGGUGCUGCAGAACAAUGUGGAUAUCUUCGAGACGAAACACAUAUCGGAGAUAGAAGAGGAUUCCUUUCCCGAAUUCGCAAGCACCAGACGCAUUGUAAAGGAGCUUUUUGGACUGGAUAAGGCGUCCGUGGAGGACUGCCAGAAACUGAAAUACAUCUGCGAGUGUGUGGCCAGGCGUGCUGCAACUUUGGUGGCUAUUGGCAUCAGUGGACUGAUUAACAAAAUCCCUGAUCGUAAGGUUGUGGUUGGCAUGGAUGGAUCUGUUUAUCGCCUUCAUCCGAAAUUCGACAGUUAUAUAAGGGAAAUGAUGCAGAAGCUGGUCAAGCCGGAUAAGGAAUUCGAUAUUAUGCUCUCCGAGGAUGGUUCGGGGCGUGGAGCUGCGCUCGUGGCUGCCGUCGCCAGCAAAUCAACAUGAAAACCAAUAUACUCCGUUUCUCAUUGCGAACGGAUAUAAUUAAGCAAUCCACAAAAUA